AUGGCGUCGCCCGCUAGUACCCCACGGCCACCCACCGACAGUCCUCCGUAUACGCCCAAAAUAGCAGUCUUGGGAGGUUACCCCACCGUCGAAGAAGAUGUCCCAAUCAGCGCGGUCUUCAUGCUCCUCUUCCUCCUCGCCGCCGUCGGGCACAUGACGAUCUUCAUACGGAACAAGAAGCGAGGCCACAAAUUCCUGAUCUCAGGAGCCAUGUUUGGCUUCUGCAUGGCCCGAAAUCUCGCCUGCAUUCUACGGAUCGUGUGGGCCGCAGAACCAAGUAAUGUCUCCGUUGUCAUUGCCGCGCAGCUGUUCGCUUCCCUCGGAGACAUCUUCGGCUAUGUGAUCAACCUCAUCUUCACACAGAGAAUCCUGAGAGCUGCCAUCCCGUAUUUCGGAUGGCGCAGAGUACCUAGUUUUGCAUUCAUUUUCGUUUAUGGACUCUUGUUCCUCAGCGCUUCUCUGCUCGUUGGCUUCACCGUAGGAGCGUAUUAUACACUGGACAAGGAAUUCCUCAAAGCCUCACGCGAUAUUUCGAUUUAUGGCAGUACGGUUUUUGCCACGACGUCCGUUCUCCCGUUGUUUAUUCUCCCAGCCAUAUUAGCUGUGCGCACACGAGCCCAUGAAGAGAAUUUCGGUCAUGGCAGUCUUCUCUCAAAGGUGGUCAUUGUGCUCUUCGGCACGAUGACCAUGGCGUGUGGGCAAUGGUAUCGCACGGGCACCACCUACGCGAAUCCGCACCCCAGAGCGCAUCCUGCGCUUUAUCAGGCUAAGGGGGCGUUCUAUGUCUUCUAUUUCACAAUGGAUGUCGUCGUGAUAUGGAGUUAUCUUUUACUCCGCAUGGACAGAAGGUUUUGGGUGCCUAAUGGAAGCAGUGGGCCGGGCGACUAUUCGAAAGGAUGGGAGGAUGAUCGUGUUCGUUUGAGUUUGGUGGGUAGGGAUGGCGAGGAUGCGAUAUAUAAGAUCAGGCCUAUGGAAUCUCAUACUAGCUUGACGCUCACGGCUGCCGCCGAUGCUGCAUCAGAAAAUCUCGUUCGAGUCUUUGCAUAUCGACUUUGCGACGUGGAGCACGGAGGAGAAACGCCGCUCGAGGAGAUGGGAAGCGCAAGAGAAGCGCCUGUCUAG